GAAAUUAGUUAAUAUAUAUUUAUAUUUUAAGUAAUAAAUAAAAUGAGUAAUAAUUUACAUACUACGUUAAAAAACGCAUUUAUAAAUAAAGAAGAUGUUACAAAUAUAGCAAAAGAUAUAAGCAAUGGAAAAUAUGACAUAUCAGUUAUUGUAGAGAAUUUAGGCGCCGAAUUAACGUCAACAAAUGUCGACGAACGAGUUAAAGGCACACAACUCUUAUCUGAUAUACUAGCCGAACUACCUCGAGAUUAUCUCACCGAAGCGCAACUAGAAUUUCUUAUUACAUUCUUUGUCGACCGAAUUAAAGAUCAUCACAAUGUACAGCCAGCCGUAAUAGCUGGUUUCGAUGUCUUAGCUAGAAUGAAAAAUAUACCACCAGAAAAAGUGCCUGUAAUCCUGCGAAGCCUUUUUCAAGAUGUAGUUUGCCAGUCUCAAAUGCGAAAUGAACGUACAAAAAUCUUUAGGAUCUUAGAAUAUCUAUCAAAAAGACAUCUCGCCAUAUUAAAAUCAAUGUCUGGCGAUUUUAUAUAUGGAUUAAUCAAUUGCAUAGAAGGCGAGAGAGAUCCUCGAAAUUUAAAUUAUAUAUUUUCUUUUAUGGCUGAGAUUUUACAAGCAUACAAUUUAUUGCAUUUAGCUGAAGAAAUGUUUGAAGUUUUCGCCUGUUAUUUUCCUGUCGAUUUUAAUCCAUCUAAAAACGAUGAAGAAGAGACUAUCACACGUGAUACACUUGCAGAAAAGUUAUCAGAUUGUCUUGUUGCCAAUCCUGAAUUUGUUGAAUGGACAAUUGCGCUGAUUUUAGAAAAGCUGGACACCGAUUUAAUUGUAGCAAAAACGGACUCACUGGACUUAUUAUUUAAGGCAGCACAUACCUUUGAACCAAAUUUAAUUGAAACUCACUUUGAAGAUAUAUGGAAUGGAUUGAAAACGGUUAUUUUUCCUGAUACCGAUAACAGAGAUAUUUUACAACGUGCUUUUAAAGCGUUGCGUGAAUUAUUAAGUCGAGCUAAAAGUCUACCUGAUGUCAGUAAGCACUAUCAAACAUUUAUUUUGGGUAUUAUAUUACCACAUUUGAAUGAUAUAAAUCAACGACUAUUUGAACCUGCAAAGAAUAUUGGCCUUAUAUGCAUUUCAACAGAACCUAAAUUGGCAGCUACAAAAAUCUUAAAUUGUUUAUUAAUAAAAUUAAAUGAAAUUGGCGCUUGUAAAACGGCUCUGAAGUCUAAUUAUCAUGAAGAGCGAAUUAAAAUUUAUAAUAUUGUUUCUGAAAUUUUCGCCACAGCUGAAUGUGUUUCAUUAAACGAUAUUGAUGGCGAUGUGUGCAAGCAAAUACAUUCGAAUGUUAUUGCAAUACUAUGUAAAAAAGAAGUAAUAACGACUCCGCAAAAAGAAGAAUUGAAAUAUGCUGCUUUAGAUAUUCUAAAGAAAUCCGUGCCAAUUAUAACUGAAGAAAAUCGUGUGUUGGUAUACAAAGCUCUAUUUGAGUUUAUAAUGGAUGAAGAAAUCAAUUUGGAAUUUACAUGCUUGAUCGAACAAAUGGGUGCUUUAUAUCCUAUAGAAUUACAGUCGAAUGUGAUUGAAAUUUGCAUACGAAAAUUCACAACAUUUUCCGCUUUUGUUAAGAAUAAAGUCUACACUAAUCUAGUACCUUUAGUAAAGCAAAUAGCCUUCACACAAUCUAUUUUAGAACUAAUAAUGGAGAAUGUGUUCAAAAAAGAAUUAAAUACUACUGAACGUUUAUUGGCAUUGAAGGCUUUAAGUAUAUUAUUAACAACCGAUGAUCCGCGGUUUGUAGAGGAAUUACAACAAAAUAAUGACUUAAUUGCAAAAUUAGUAGAACUACGGCUUGACGUUAAAAUAAAUUUGGAAGUUUUGCAACAAAUAUCACUGGCAAUUAGCUUAAUAAUAAAAUGCUUGAAUGUGGCAGAACAAUAUAUGAUUGUUACGAUGCACCUAUCCAAAUUGGAUUUGCAGCUGGCAACCGAUUUGUACGUUGCUAAUGGUUUACUUAGUUUUUUGCAUAAAGAUAUCAGUUUAGACGAUCAUUUUGAAAAAUUAAUAGAAGAUUUGACUAAAUUAUCGCUGGAAAGUAAUAAUUCCAAAUUACGAGAAGUCUCUCAUUUUCUGCUUUGUGGUUUGUCUAAUAAAACUGACUAUGAGCGUUCGAACCAUAACCGUAACGUUAUACGAAAAAUGAUUGCUAAAUUAAAGGGCUACAUUAAACAUGACAAUAAAAAAGCUGUAGAAGCAUUAGCUUGGCUAGCCAAGGGACUUGCAGUACGCGGUGAUGAUGAUAUUGCGGAUAUUAUUGAAGCUCUUGCGGAAUUAUUAGAUAAUCCAUCUCUGGUUACUGCAGCAGCAUUAGCAUUCGAAAUUAUAUCUGCUGAAUGUGCGCACUUGCAUUUACCAACUGUUUUAUUUUUAUUUAAACAAAAAUUAUUUCACAUCGCAUUUCGCGCAUUAAAACCAAAACUGACUAGUUUUUGUGAACAUCAUAUUAAUGCGUUCAUAUAUGUGUUGAAGGGUACGCCACAUUCUGUACUGAAAAUGAAUGUCAAUGAGAUCGGACCCAUACUUAUCAAAAGUUUGGAAUCAAAAAAUGUUCACACCGUAAAUAUAGGUUUAGAUAUGUGUGAUAAUUUUAUAAAGCAUCAGGACACCUAUUUUCAAGCUCAUUUAAGUCACCUUAUGAAAACUUGUCUUAGAUUAGCUACUCAUCGAAGUUCAAUGGAGGUUCGUAUUAAGGCACUGAACAUUAUUUACGACAUAACAAAAUACCCCACAUAUGUGCUACUACCACUUAAAUUGGAUGCAGUCCUGGAAUUGUAUGAAACCUUGGAUGAUCCCAAGCGUUUAGUGCGAAAUGCUGCUGUGAGAGCGAGGAAUGCCUGGUUUCUUGUUGGUGCUCCAGAUACUUCAGAACAAUAAAUGCAAACAAUUCUUAAAGAGGUUUAUUCAAUCUUUGGAUUCAUUUCCAUAAUUUUAAUAUGAAACAAAUAUUUUGUAAAUUAUAACUUAUGUUACGCUGUUAAAUGUUUCAAAAUUGUAAA